CAUGCGCCCCGAUUGAAUUUGCAAAACAAACAAGUCAGUACCGUCAGGUGCAUCGCGCAUAUCGCAUAACAGAUGCUAUUUCAUUCCGUAAAUAUUAUUGUGAAAUCAGUGCCGUGCAAGAUACUACCUAAUCUUCAGAUACUAGUGAUCACCCUGUCAUUUAAUCAUAAAUGAGUUGUGUGACCUCAGGACUAACGGUACAAACCAAACAAACACCGGAUCGAGAGAAAGCGUUGAGGAUUUCAAGCGGAGUGAAAGCAACGGUCGCCAGUGCAACCGUAGCGUCGCGUCGAGCGGACGAUAACAUAACCUCAACAUGUCUCUCGCUAUAGCAUCAGCGUUUAUUGUGACCGGGGCUGCGGCCAUUUACUGGUACGUCAACAGGCAUAAACCCUUGAAGCACAUACUCAGUGAGCUGCGAUACGCGCUAGACAUGCAGGGCGCAGGCGCCGGCGGCCUCAUCGAUGACUGGGUGAACGUGUGGCGGAACAAAAUUGUGUUGCCAGACGCGAAUGGGAAAAUCGCGGUUGUCACCGGCGGAGCUCGUGGAAUUGGAACAGAGGUGGUGAGAGGAUUACUAAAGUCGAACAUGAUCGUCAUUGCCGGCGUGAGGAAACCAGAAGCCAUGAUGAAACAGGCGGAAAAUAUGGAAAACGGCAAAAAUAUUGUAGCUUUCCCGUUGGACUUGCAAUCGUUGAAGUCUGUCAAGGAAUUCGCACAGAAAGUAUUGGAAAAGUACCCGACUAUCCACCUUCUAGUAAACAACGCUGGGAUAAUGUAUGGAGACUACCACCUCACGGAGGACGGGUUUGAGAGCCAGUUAGCGGUCAACCAUCUGGGCCACUUUUAUUUGACACACUUAUUGUUGCCAGCAUUAAAAAAGGGCGGCACUGCCGGAGAGUCUGCGAGGGUGGUGAAUGUGACGUCAUGCGCUCAUUACCCUGGAAAGAUCUACUUUGAUGACAUCAAUAUGAAGGAGCAUUACGAUACAACGGCUGCGUACGCGCAAGCUAAACUGGCACAGUUAAUGAGUGCCAGAUACAUAAACUUGAUGUUGGAAGAAGAAGGUUCACCAGUCAAAGGCUAUGCGGUUCACCCAGGAAUUGUGGACACAGACCUAUUUGAGAAGACCAUGUUUAAAAAAGCUUUCCCUUGGCUCAUGAAAGUGUUUUUCAAAACUCCAGCGAAGGGUGCCGUUUCAAUACUUCACGCAUGUUUUGAAAAAGAUUUGGAGAAACGCGGAGGGUUGUACAUAAGUAAUUGUGUUGAAGGAAUUAGUAACAGCUUCUCAAAGAAACUGGAACACCAAGAAAGACUGUUUGAAUUAUCUUGUCAGCUAGUUGGAGUUGAUAAAGCGAGUUUUGGUAAAGCGUAAACUAGUCUUGUAGUCUCGCACAAUUUCUUAACAAGGUGAUAAAACACAUUAGUUUAAGUAUUUACAAAAUAAUAUUUAUGACACUU